AUUGCACAGUAACAUUAUCAUAAUAAAUGCUGAAAACCCUUAUCCAUCGCUUGUUUCGUUAUUCAAGCUCAUCCACCAAUUCAAAUUCAGUCAAAGUAUCUUUGCUAUUUCCUCCAUUAUUGUCUAUUGAUUGUUUGUAGUUAAGCCUGCAAUAACCUUUACCUUUCUUUAACCAAGAGACCUUCCACAACCAAGCCGAGUUUCCCGCAAAACUCCAACCGUCCAAUUCCAACGGCUCCCUCAUCCAAAUUUAUAAAAAUUUCCCCUUUAUUGAAAAAAAACAAUGAGAAAACCAUUUGUCUACCGCAAUCUCCUUCGUAAUCUUCAUGCUCGUUGAAUUCCUUCUCAAAGCUUAACGCAAAGCAAAUGGAGAAGGACAAUCAGCCCAGCCAUGUGAAGACCAUCAAGGAGAUCAUGGACGAAGAGUGCGAAAAGGGAGAAGAGGUCACCUGGAGGCCUUUCAAAGAUAACCUGCGUCUCCGCUCUGUGAAGACUCGGACUGCCACAACGGCUAAAGACGGCAUCGACCAUUCCCGCCGCCCUGACUCCCCGUUGUCUUGGAACAUGCCGGCGAGAAUGAUACAGAAACGAUCACCGCCGGCAAAGGAGAAGCCGGUGAAGAUAUCGUUGAUGGCGUUGCUAGCAGAUGAAGAUGAUGACGAUGAUUGCAACAAGGGGGAGAGGAAUGGUGGUGGUGAGAGUGAGACGAUGAUGCCUUGUGGGCACACCAUUUGUCACCUUCACCAGAGAGAGCUUCGGGCUAGCCAUGAGAAUUGCCCUCAUUGCAGCAGCUUCAUCAUGGAGAUUUUGGAUGUCUUGUAAAUUCUUCCUGUUUGUUCUUAUUGUUGAUGCUCAUCACAAUCACAAUGGUGGUGGUCAUGGAGAUGAUGGAGAAUUAUGUGUUUAAUUGUUUGAUGAAUGAUGAUGGUGUAUGAUAAUAUUUACAUACAUACCAUUUUAUUUUUUGUUAUUUACA